AUGGGGGGUAUGUUUCAAAAACCGAGCUCUGACUUUAUGAUUUAUGUUCAGACGGGGGAUCGAAGAAACGCCGGUACGGAUGCAAAUGUGCGGAUUGUCAUGCAUGAUGAUGAUGGCCACGCAUCUUCACCCAUUAUUUUAGAUAACUACUUCAAAAACGACUUCGAAAGAGGAUGUUUGGAUACAUUUCAUGUGCCCACUAAAAAGAUAAGAAAUUUGCCGAGAAUGGGAAAGAUCACACGAAUCGAGCUAUGGAAAGAUGAUGCGUGGGCUGCCAGUGAUUGGUAUGUGGACAAAAUUGUCAUUGAAAACCGCGUCACAAACAGCACCUUCGUGUUUCCAAUUUUCCGAUGGAUACGGGCCAAGUACCACUACCAGAUCAACCAUUUGGAUACCUCUUUGCCGCAGUUCGAUGACUACCCAGAACAGAGAAGAAUGGAGUUGCAGGAAAAACGUAUCGCCUAUGAGUUUGACCAGAAAGUUCCUAAUGGUCCAGCACAG